GUACUCAUUAGUGGUUAUCCGAACGUUAAAGAGGAAAAUAGAAGAAGAUUACGUCAUUUCCGUAAACAGAAUGCCCAUACAGUGUGGAAAUUGUAUCCCUGUUGUUCUUAUCAAUGUCUUUACCGUCAUAUAUACGUCCUGACAACGUACGAUGUCUCAUACUAAAUCCUCCUUUCAUGGCAUAGAAAACCCUUGUGUGGGUGUGCUUGAAAGAACAGAAGAUGGUAGCGAUGACUCUGCUGACAAAGACGCUAAAUGUGUGAGUAGCGACUCCAGCAGCCCUGACGGAAGUGUCAGGCAGCUUGUGUUGAAGGAGGUAGGACUCACUAGCACCACCUUCAUCGGUCCAGUAUUUCCUCCAAACACAAACACAAACACAGCCAAGCCUGACAUUGAAGACACGCUGAGUGAGUUUUACAAAGAGCUUGAGGAGAUCGAUACUCCUGGUGGUGCUAAUGUUGACCCAGGGAAACCUGAUGCAGGUUUUGUUCAACCAUCCGUACCUCUUAAAACAUCUUCCAGUAAAGGGACUGCAGAUAUAAGUGAGGAGAAAAUUAAAUUUGCAAAAGCCAAUAGCUACACAGCAAAACCACAGCCAUCCUGGCCACACUGGUAUCAUAAUGAGCCAUACUGGUCAAGAAGACCGAGGCCAGGCACGGACCUGAGGUCUGGUAGAGCUGCUGCUUUUCCUCAAGAUCAAUGGCGUCAUCCGCAAACUCUAAACAGACCACCAAACUCAAGAUUCCACAGACCGCCAUUCCAUCGUCCACCACCCCCAUCUGCAUUCCCAGAUCCACCAAACGCACAAUCACACUUCAGUCUCAACUGGAGCGGAUCAGGCCCGAUAAACCAGUAUCAAGAGGAGGCUCAUUUUCCAACAUUUUCCAGCUUCCCACCUCCAAAUGUGUGCUGUCACCCCUCUCAGGGCUUUUAUGGAGGUUCUCCUCACCACUUUGACAGGGACGAACGGGGUGAUGUGCACACAGAUAAUGUAAAUGUUGGAUGGCCUGGAGAUAGUAAAGAAGAAUGGUGUCCGUUAGGUGAAGCUGAUGACAGGCGCCAGAGGUAUGAGUCAGAAUAUGAGCUGUGGGAGCAUCGGAGCCAACCCACCGAUAACAGUAAUGCAUACCGUUCUUCAUUGGUGCUGAUCUUGAUGAGGGGAUUACCAGGAUCCGGGAAAUCAACACUGGCCAGGGAGCUGGUGUCUACUGGCCCCAGUGGGCUGAUACUGAGCACAGAUGACUACUUUGCUCACAGAGGUGGCUAUCGUUAUGACGCCGGCCUUCUUGGAGAAGCACAUGAAUGGAACCAGAGAAGAGCUAAAGCUGCUAUGCGUGAUGGCCGAUCUCCCAUUAUUAUUGAUAAUACAAACAUCCAAGCCUGGGAAAUGAAGCCAUAUGUCAAGAUGGGCUUGGAUAGAGGAUACAGAGUGGAUUUUUGUGAACCAGACACCAGCUGGAAGUUUGAUCCUUAUGAGCUGGAGAAGAGGAACAAGCACGGUGUUCCCCAGGAGAAGAUCGCUCAGAUGAUGGAUCGUUUUUCAUUUCCCAUAUCCGUAGACAUCGUCAUGAGUUCACAAGAGCCGCUCCACGUGAGCCAGAGACGACGACCGGAGCAGCCACAGAUGAUGAAGAGAAACCAAGACUCCCAUUAGUUUUUGUAACCAGCCAAAUGAUUUGCCUUGAAGAACAACUCUUUGGAAAUUAUGUAAAUAUUGUUAGCUGCUGUUUUUUACAUGAUUUCUAAUACAUUAUUUUGCAUACUGUAAAUUUAUAGACUGCUUUAUACAAUGAGAGAAGAAAUUUAUAUUUUGACAAAUUUUCAAGAUUAAAUUGUCAUGUUUAACAUCUUUGCAAGCAGAGUAAAUUAUUUUGGCAUUUUGUAUUAAAUGACUGAUAUUUCA